GUUCCAAAGUCAGAGAGCAGUCUUUCGCGUAUUCUUAAGCGCGUGUACUGAGUUGUUCGGAUUAGGUAACGAGUUUUACGUGAUGUGACAUUUCUAUGAUCACAAACAAUUCAAAAAUGUAUUUACAAAGUUUCUUCGCUUCGUGCUUCUGGACUUUAUUAACAAUCUCAGCAGUUACAGCUAGGAUACAUAAACUUGAAAUACGGAAAGAUACUAGGCGAUAUAUUUCUCUCAGUACCUUUGGUUUUUAUAAGUAUGGUAUUCUAAACGUCAGUCUUACAAAUUUCAAUGCCGAUCCUUUUGAUAAAAAUGCAGUGUUUGGAUUCAGUUUAGACCGGACACUCAGCGAUGCAGUGAAUUCUUAUUUAGAUAGUCAUCAAGAAAGAUGCGUGCUUCAAAACCUAUCCAAUCCCAAAACAGAGUUAGAGAAGAAGGAUGACAGUGCUGUCAUAUACUUUAUAAUGGACUUAAAUAAUUUGUCUUUGAAGAUAAAUUGCAGUCGUAAUAUACAGUCUGUUCUUAUAUACAAAGAUUCCAGUUUAAUGUCAAAUUUCAGAAUGAAAAGAAAUUCAUUGCCAACAAAAUUUAGUGAUACGGCUCUAUUUCCUAGAAGGAAACGUAACACAUCUAUACACGAUAACUCGUUAGAAAAUCCUGUUAAAAAAGAGAAGCAUAUUUUCCAACCAGAUUUAAUAAAUACUUGUGAUCGUUUAACAUCGCUACCGAUGACUAUGGAAACUAUUAAGGGCAAAACAUAUUAUAACACAAGCUUUGCUAUGUACGUAGGUGAUGAAGAAGAAGAAGGUCUUUACAAUCUUUAUUUUCAUAAUUGUCCUAAUUAUAAGGGUAAUACUCAAGUUGCCUUAGAUUUUACGAUACGAAUAGCUGAAAUCAAUCGUGGAAAUUUUCUUAGUGCCGGAGAAAUGCCUCUACCAGCUUUGUACUUUAUGAUGGCUUUCUUAUUCCUCUUCUCUGGGUGCUUCUGGGUCUUCAUACUUAAGAAGAGCAAGCAUCCCGUCUUUAAAAUUCAUUACUUAAUGACAGUACUGGUAUUUCUGAAGUCUUUAUCUUUACUAUUCCACGGCAUCAAUUAUCAUUUUAUACAAACAAAAGGUGAACACGUGGCAGCGUGGGCAAUAUUGUAUUAUAUCACGCACCUGUUAAAGGGUGCUGUACUAUUCAUUACUAUCGUCCUUGUUGGCACAGGAUGGACAUUCAUUAAACAUAUUUUAGCGGACAAAGAUAAAAAGCUUUUUAUGAUCGUCAUUCCAUUGCAGGUAUUAGCAAAUGUUGCGGAAAUAAUAAUAGAAGAAGGUGAAGAAGGUGAUAUAGAGAAUCAAACUUGGCGGGACGUUUUUAUUCUCGUAGAUUUGCUUUGUUGCGGUGCUAUUUCAUUCCCUAUAGUAUGGAGUAUCAGACAUUUACAAGAAGCUGCUCACACGGAUGGCAAAGCGGCUGUCAAUUUAAGGAAACUUAAACUUUUUCGACAUUUUUAUAUCAUGAUACUUGGUUAUAUAUAUUUUACCAGAUUUAUAGCGUACUUACUUAAGAGUACAGUACCCUUCCAAUACGAAUGGUUGCACGAAAUGUCUCGUGAGAUAGCAACGUAUGUUUUCUUCAUUUUAACGGGCUACAAGUUCCGACCAGCUUCCGCGAAUCCUUAUUUUACAUUAACAACCGAUGAAGUUGAUCAAGGUGAAGAUGACGAUGAAAUGGACAUUGUCCUUUUUUCUAGCGUUAGCGGUGGCAGCGGACUUACCGAGAAUCUCAGUAAAGUUAGCAAAGUCUCCAAAGUGGUGAGGCCAACGACCUCGGAGGUUCCAUCUACUCAAGAAGAAAGAGACAGUCUUUUUAACAAAAAAGAUUCUACUCAGGAAUAUGACUGAACACAAAAACUAUACGUAAUAGGUCCAUUUUGGGUAUGCUCCAAGUGUAUAACGUACGUGUAUUUUGUGAAAUCUCAGUAUGCUUUCUUGCGAGUAAGAUGAACGUACUUUGCGAGAAAUAGAGAGAGAAAGAGAGAGAGUGAGAGAGAGAGAGAAAGAGAAAAUGUGUGUAUGUGUAUGUAUGUAAAGCAAGAGAUAGUUUGAAAGUAGUUAACUCGAAACUUUCUGUAUAUUUCCUAUUCUAUAGGAUAAUUCGCGCAACUGUAACUCGUAUCUGUUUUUUUUUUAAUUGAAGCUAGGUAAAAAUAUUAAAGGAUAAAAGAUGGAUUACAUCAUAUUCAUGAUCAUAUUUGCAUUAAUUCCUGCACGUUUUACAGUUGCACUAUCUUUUUAAAUGGAUACUUUCGUGAUUUUUUACAUACAUCGAAUAUUCUCGCCAUUCUACAUAAAAAAAAAGUAUCAGGGAAACGUGAUCGAAAAAUGAUUUAGAUAGAUUACGAGGUAUUUAGAAAAAAAUUAUCUUUUCCUAUUAAUACUUUUAUUUAACUUCAAUUAAAAAAAAAAAAAAAGAAAAGAUAUGAAUUGUUACAAAUGCGCGAAUCAUUCUGUAUAUACGAUCGUUUCGUAUUCCUUAGAAAGUAAAAAACAAUAAGAGCAAUGCGCCGCGCGCUGCAGUGGUAGUUUAAAAAGCAAUCGUACAACUUUGUAUUAUUAUUAUUACUAUUAAUAUUAUCAUUAUCAUCAUCUUCAUCAUCAUUCUGUACUUAACGACGAAAUAUUCGAUUAUUGUAAAGUUCGAUCGAAGCAUGCAUUAUUAUCGUACGGAGAUCGUAACUUAUAAUAAGUAUAUGUAUAAUGUACUUUAUAUUUUAUACGUCGAAAUAUUCUGCAUCGCGUAGUACUACGUCCCGUUCUUCUCUUUCCUCCUGUUUUACGAGAUUUUACAUGCAUAGUUUGGCAUUCGUUAAGUUUCGGCAAAGAUUAUUACGACCAAAUUUAUAAAAGGACUCUUCAUAUUGUGAUACUAUUAUGUCCAUUAAUUGAUGAUGAUUUUUCACCGCUUCUUGUCUUUAUUUUUUUUUCUAGGAUUUUGUAAAUAAUAACGGAAAAGGAGAUUAAUUCAUGAAACCAGCAAGGAUUAGAGUUUAUUAUUCACAGUUUCACAAUUUUAUAAUAGAAUUUUGUGAAACUUUCUCUAAGCAUUUAGACAAUUAUUUCGAUUAAUUUUUUUUCGCGACACGCUUAAAAAUUUUUUAAACACUCCUGCAGAAAGCUUAGGUAUGUUGUGAUAGGCGAUCCACGCCCGUGUUCUUAUUCGUCAUUUAUCUAUCGCAAUUCAAUUUUUUUUCUAUUCGCACUUUGUAAUUCUUCUAGUUAGAAAAAAUAAUUGUUAUGAAUAUUGAGAAAUAAUUGGAAACUUGAAAUAUUUCCUGUCGACGAAUUUAUUAUAAUACGUUAUUGCGAAUAAUAUUACUAUUAUUAUACUAUUAUUAUUUAUGCAAUAUAUGUAUCGUAUAUUAGUUUGGACAUUUGUUAUAGCUAAUACACUAUGUUAACAUGUAUUAAGCAGAAAAUGACAGAAAACAUAUUGAAAAAAUAAAACGGAUAUUUUUAUGAAA